UUCGUGGUGGAAAAAAGUUAUCAGUUAUUUUCAAGCCAGUGUAGAAAAAAAGUCACGCUACAGUCGUUUCGCCACGAUUGUGUUGAAGCUGUUUGAAGACGCCAAAGAGACCAGUACCUCUUCAGGAUGGCGAGCAAACCAGGCCCAGUCCAGAUCGUCACAGUGUGUAAGGAGGAACACUCCUUUGCUUUGGACACAGAGGCUUUGGCUCGGGUCCUGUUGGCCCCCGAGGUCAGAGACAAGAAUGUGGUGGUGCUGUCGGUGGCUGGAGCCUUAAGAAAGGGCAAGAGCUUCCUGCUUGAUUUCAUGCUCCGCUACAUGUACAGAAAGGGGGACGAUAACUGGCUGGGUGAGGAUGACGAGCCGCUGACUGGAUUUUCUUGGAGAGGUGGUUCUGAACCAGAGACAACAGGCAUCCAGCUGUGGAGUGAAGUGUUCCUCAUCCAAAAGAGCGAUGGAACAGAGGUGGCAGUAUUGUUGAUGGACACGCAGGGAGCCUUCGAUAACCAGUCCACCGUGAAGGACUGUGCCACCAUCUUUGCCCUCAGCACCAUGACCAGCUCGAUACAGAUCUACAAUCUGUCACAGAACAUGCAAGAGGACGAUCUGCAGCAGCUACAGCUGUUCACGGAGUAUGGUCGUCUUGCCAUGGAUGAGAUCUUUCAGAAGCCCUUCCAGUCCUUAAUGUUCCUAAUCAGGGACUGGAGCUUUCCCUAUGAAUAUUCCUACGGGUUUAAAGGCGGCAAUGAGUUCCUGGAUAAACGGUUACAGGUCAAUGAGAGCCAGCAUGAGGAGCUACAAACAGUGAGGGAUCACAUCCAUUCCUGCUUCAGCAACAUUUCCUGCUUCUUGUUACCUCACCCUGGGUUGAAGGUUGCCACCAGCCCAGUUUUCGAGGGACAGCUUCAUGCUAUUGCCCCGGAGUUUAAAGAGGAGCUGAGGAGCCUGAUCCCUAAACUGCUGCAUCCGGAUCGCCUGUGUGAGAAAGAAAUAAAUGGAAACAAAGUCACUUGCAGGGGCCUGCUCGAGUUCUUCAAGGCUUACAUCAAGAUCUACCAGGGAGAAGAUCUGCCACAGCCAAAGACGAUGCUCAUGGCUACAGCAGAGGCCAAUAAUCUGGCAGCCGUGGCAACUGCCAAAGAUCAGUAUAGCAAGAACAUGGAGAGGGUGUGCGGGGGAGACUUGCCCUAUGUGGCUCCCGACUCUCUGGAGGAAAAGCAUCAAUUUAACUUCCGAGAGGCUCUUCAUAACUUCUCCAAGACCAAAAAGAUGGGCGGACAAGAGUUUUGUGACCGUUACCAGGCAGAGCUGGAAAAAGAGCUGGAGGAAAUGUGGCAGUCACUCAGCAAGCACAACAAGGCAAAAAACCUCUUCAACGCCUUCCGGACCCCUGCAGUGCUGUUUGUCCUGGUGUGCCUCCUCUAUGUGGUGUCGGGUGUGUUGCUCUUCGUUGGCCUGUCUACCGUCGCCGUGGUGUGUGACUGUACUCUGGGUGUGGUCAUGAUGUCGAUGCUGACGUGGGCCUUCAUUCGCUACUCUGGUCGGUACCAGAAUGUGGGAGGAGCCAUCGACCAGGCUGCAGGUGUCGUCCUGGAGCAGGCCACCGUGGUGUUGAACAAGUCGAGAGGUACGGCCACUGGUGACCAUAAGAAAUCCAGAUAAAGGACCUCGGGACCUUUGUAAUCUCGAUGCAAUGCUCCCAGCACACAACACAAGCACAUAUUCAGCACUAAAGCCUUAUCAUGCCUCCCAUCGGAACAAACAUGCAGUUCAACCACAUUGGCACACGGUACAAACAAUAUGCCAAUCCACCAGCAUCGUUAUUAUGCACGUUACUCUGCCUGUUAGUCCAGACUUCUGUAAAGGUGAGGCAGGGAGUUAACUCAUCUCAAUCCCUCUUAUUGAUACUUCAUGUCUUAAAUUGACACUGCCAUUAUUUUACAAGUUUACAAUUGGUCUUAAUAGACAUGUCAAUGUUUACCUUUAAACUUAUAAAACACGUACUUGGGUGUUUAUUGUUCAAAUGGGAAAAGUCAGGGUAAUUAUCAAAGAAAGCUUCUGCAGUAUAUCUUAUUACCAUUAAAACAAAGCUGGCUUUAUAGCUUAUACAUUUAUACAUAUCACUUUGUGGCUAUAUUUUUUUACUUUGCGGCCUUAAAGCAUUCCAUUCUGUUUGUAGAUUUGCUUUAUAUUUGAUAUAAACUAGCAUUUCUACUUUGAAAGGAGAACAGGAUACGCACUUUCUAUAUAGCACAGAAGAUUUUGGAAGUUGAAUGUGAUCUCAUUUGUUUCAAUUGCUUUGCUGUUUAUUCCUUGAUGGAAGGUGUGACACUUUAUAGAUUUUGAUAUUAUACACGAGACUCUUCUCGUAAAAUUAUAUAUAAGGACUUGUAUUCUGGACAUUUUUCCGCUCCAAAGAUGAGAAAUUAUUGCACAAUAUAAUAAAACUAGCGACCAGUCAGCCAAAGAUAGCUUUUAAUAUUUGAUUGAAACUUUGACCGUGAACUCAAAACUCCAAAAAAUACUUUUUCACUCAAACAUGACAAGUAUUGAACAAAAUAACAAGCAGGAUGUUUUGAACAGUAAUAAGAACAAUAAGUAGAAACCUAUAAAUAGUGUGACAUUUUUUCCGCACGUUGUAAAAGAUCCGUAACAUGUUUCAUAUUUGCGCCUCAGAUGAAUUCUAGAUGAAAUGCUUUUAGUAGCCAUUUGUAGCCUUUGCUAUCAGCUCCACUGUGAGACAACUCUGAUACUUCUCUAUGACGCUUCGCUCACUUUAGUGAUCUGGCUGCAGCUAAACGGUUUAUCUGAACUGUUUAGUUCCAGGAUAGUUGAUUAUGAUCAUUUCUAAACUCUAUUAGAAAACGUUGUUGAUGUAAAACUUAUUUUUUACUUUGACAACAAGUUGUGCUAAAUGUAUCACUUUAAAUAGCAAUGAAUCCAGUUUAAAACUACUGCGCGCUUCGGUCAGAGCUUUGCUUCAAUUUAAUUGCAUGCAAUGGUUGCAUAACAUAUAAUGAGACAAUUUUUUAGAAAAUGAACAAAUACAUUUAGAUUUGUUUCUUCGGUCCUCGGUUACCUGCAGCCAUUUAAAAGAUAGACUACACAGUGGAUUUAUUACGUUUUAGUUUUCCUUUAGUGGGGCCAAGCAGGACAUCUCAGGCCAACCUGGAAAGAACAUGGCAUUGGAUUAAAGGAGUCUGAAACUUAUUAUUAUUGGAAACUAUGCCCUACAUCUCUGAGGUAGAUUCUUUUAGAGUGCAUUCAAUUGGAGAAGUGGAAUGGCAAGCAUUUUGUAUUGUACAAUAGGUCUUUUAAAUGCCACAAGAUUGUAAGACCUGAGAGCAAAAGUAGGAUAAUAUAGUCUGUAAUGAUUUUGUAUUGUGUCUUUAACAACUAAGCAUAUAUUUCCUGCAUUCAAAUACAGAAUUGACACAAAACACUAAUAAAAAGUGCAUACUGUAAUGUAAAGUAUCAGUGAUAGUGUCGAUAUCAAUCAUACAAGUUCAAAAAAGAGACAUGCAAAUAUGGAUGAUAGGAGACUUUAGAUUUGUUACCAUCAUAGAGCACAUUACAUCUCUGUCCCUCUGCACAAGUGGAAGAAACGAGCACUUUCUUUUGCACCCCCCCCCCCCCCCUCUUUGGUGCUUUUUGCACUUUGCUCGUUCCAAAGGUAAAUGCAUGCAAUAUUGUAGUGAAAGCUAAUGUAAUAAUCUCUUGCAAGGGUAUUGUGGCCUUAACUUGAGAAAUGCUGUUUUCUAAAGAAUAAACAAAGCUUUGAACUGUU